CUUGGCAAGGGUCAAAUCGCUGAAUUGAACCCCAUCGCUGCUCAAAAUCACAGAGAGAACACGUCAUUGCACUGCGAGUGCAGAGCCAAAAGCUCGCCAGCGAUUCGCAGCGCGCAGCCGCGCGUAACACACUCACUGCACUGCCUGCCUGCAAUGGCAAAGGGGGAAGAGAAAAAGAAGCGACGCCGCGACGACGAUGCAUCGCCAGACGCCGCAGCACUGCCAGACGAUGCAAAACGCAAGAAAAAAGACAAGAAGAAGAAGAAACGGCGCGAAGCCGACGCCGCGCCGCCAGCCGCCGAGGCCCAGCCGGUAGCAGGGGCCGUGCCGCCAGCGCCGGCGGACGCACCGGCAAAGAAGAAGAAGAAGAAGCCGCGCUGGCGCGACCAGCGUGCCCUCACGCUCGUCGUGACGCAGCUCUCGUACGAGGCCGACGCGAGCGCCGUCGCCGAAGCGCUGGCGGUGGACGGGCGCCGGCCGACCGUGCGGCUCGUGACGGAUCAGGCCGCUUCUGCUAAUAACCGCAAGCACGCGGGCCUGGCCUACGCUGUGUAUGAUACGGCGGACGACGCGACAACGGCGGCGGCGACGACGUAUACAAUCAAUGGCCGCGCCGUCCAAAUAAAGCCGCUCGACGCCGACCACGACGACACAGGAAGGCGCACGGCGGCGGCGAAGGAGAAGAAGGGCUCCGCCGACGCCCAGGCCGUCGAUUCAUAUAUCGUGGAGAAGGGCUUGGAUGGGGUGCUCGACGGCGGCGUCAAGAAAGCACUACAAAACGCGGGCUACCGCGUGGCCUGCCGCGUCUGUAGGGACGUGGCCAAGGCCCUUGGUGGCGACGCGGUCGUCGAGAACCCCAAUGCUUACGCGCUCGGCGUGCUCCGGAACGCCGCGGCGGACGCGCCGGCCUACCGCCUCACCGCGGCGCACGUCGACGCGCUGAUCGACCAGAGCGUGGCAGCGGCGCCCGAUAAACUGGGCCGCGCGGACGUCGAUCAAAGGUGCCGGUCGUACAUGCGCGAGUUUUCCGAGGGCGAGGUCGUCGACGCUCUUUCCAAAUGUGUGAAGCGCAUGGGGCGGCCGGGGAUCGGCUCGGCGUCGGUUUAUUUGAUGGGCCUGCUCAAGCACUCGAAGGAGAAGCCUCCCGCGCCGGGCAAGGGUCGCGGUCGUGGCCGGGGCAAGGGCGCGGAC